GCUCCACGUGACCUCCCGGCGCACAUGGCGGCGGAGGGCGGGUGGCGCCCGGCGGGAGGGCGGAGGAGGCGGCGGCGGGCCCGGGAAGAGGAGGAGGAAGGCGGUGCGGUGCUGCGGAGGUUGCGGGAAGCGCGGAACGAUCUGCUGAGCUCCGGUUUCUGGGCGGCGAGCGCCGGAGCCGUGCGGGCCCCGCUGGGCGCCACCGCCGAGCCGCCCGCCCGCUGCGUCUGCUACGGGCUGGGGCGGUUCAGCUGCUGCCCCGCCGCCCGGCACCAGUUGGCCUUCCUGCUGCUGCUGCUGGAGGAGCUGGGGGUGCCGCCGGGGCGAUGCUCCGUCUUCGACCCCGCGUUCUCCCCCCAAGAAGCGGCGGCGCUGGUGGAGCUGGGGCUGCGGCUGCUCCCGGACAACGAGGAAGGGAAACACGGGAUUGAGGGCUCGGCCACGCUGUUCUACAUGGUGCACUGCGGGAAAGCCCUGUACAACAACCUCCUGUGGAGGAACUGGUCCCCGGGGGCACUCUCCAAAAUGGUCAUCGUCGGGAACAGCUUUAAAGGGAUCGAGGAAAGGUUAUUGUCAAGAAUAUUGGAGAGAGAUUAUUCUUACAUAGCAAAGGUCUUGAAAGGGACAGAGGAGGUGGCUCUCCCGGCCCACCCUCAGUACCUCGACACCUUUAACGACACCUCCAUCCACUGGUUUCCCCUGCCAAAACUGAAGGAGCUCUCCCCUGAGGUGUGGGACUGCGGGGAGGAGCCCACCUACCAGGACUGUGAGAUCAUCAGGAAGGGGGAAGGGGCUGAGCAGCACGGCCCCGCUGCCGCCGAGUCCUGACCCCUCCAUCUCUGAGCAGCUUCUGCUCAGCCAAGAUCAAACCCAGUGUCAUCAUGCUCUGCUAAAAGUGGCAGCACCUACCCACUGAGCAGGAUGGGACAUUUUUGUAUUUUAAUUAUUUAAUAAAAGGUAAAACUGUG